AUGAAGAGUGUUUUUUUGAAUAACAAAAUUGACUGUGUGUGUGUAUUUGCACACAAAGGAGACACUAUUGAAAAGGCUCUUCGGGAUGAUGGCAGAUUUAGUGAUGACUUUUUUGACAAGGUGACCGUUGAACUCGUUGAUGAUGAAAAUGUCAUCCAUGCAAUACAUUUGCCUGUAGAUCAGUGUGAUGGCAAGAAAUUCAAUGUAAAUGCUGAGUAUAAAAAGGCACGAGCACCUGACAAGAAUGAUGGUGAGUCUGUUAAACACAGCCAACAGUCUAAACACACCAAACAAAAAACACUUCAAGAGGAAAAGACAAACGCCACAGAUCCUUCAACUGAAGGGAAUGCAACUCAGAGUACUUCUGGCAAUUCUUCUGGUGACUCUGGAAAUUCAUUCUUUACUGACAUUAAGAAACAGCAAGAAAACCCUCAGGUUCAAGAGUUAUUGCAAAAAGAAUAUGAUAAAGGUGUUGUUGAUUCUUUCACUGAGGUGAACAAAGUGAGGCAAGUCAUGGAUCUGUCUGACUCCGUGUGUGUGAUUGUAGUUGACGAUUCUCGCAGAGGAACCGGCUUCUUACUCUUUGACAGAUUCAUCCUCACUAAUGCUCAUGUUGUUAAGGACUUUAUUUAUUCUCCACCGAAUAAUCCUGACACACUUAAGCUUUCAAGGACUCUGAAAGCUGUGUUCAAUUAUGAGUUUUUGGGAUCUAAGACAAUAAAUCUCCAAGCAAAGAGUGAGCUUAUUGCUUACAGAUAUGAAAAAGAUGCGGCGCUCAUGUUCCAUGAUUAUGCUCUUCUUGAACUGGAAACUGCACCUGAUAAAUGUACUGAAUUGCUCACUUGUUAUAAGCAUGACAGUUUUCCUAACAGUGGUGGGAUCUACAUUGUAGGACACCCAGAUUGUGAUGUUAAAAAGAUGGACCCCUGCUUCAUCAUUGGAGAAGAGAAUCAACUACGGAGUAUAAACCAACACAUAUCUGAGAAUGUGUCCUGUCCAUAUGUGUCAUGGGGAUGUUGGCCAAAUCUAUACAAGAACCAGAUAACUUAUAACUCUUGUUUCUUUCAUGGAUCAUCUGGCUCUCCGGUGUUUGAUGCACACUGCAAUCUGAUUGGCAUGCACUCUGGUGGCUUUGAUUACAAACAAGAUGAAAGAACUAGAAGUGUUAUAGAGUUUUCAUACUCCAUGCAGUCCAUCAUGGAAAGCAUCAUCGCACAGGUCAGGUCAAGAAGUGACAUCAUGAAAUUACUACAAAAUGAAAAAUUUUAUAGUAUAAAAGAACAUUUUGACCUUGGGAAAAUUGAGGAUGCAUGUGAAGCAAACAUCCCCAUUAAGGAAGAACGGCAGAAUGAAGAGGAGAACAUGGAAGAAAACUAAAGGGACACCUGAGCUUCGUCUCCUGAUU